GAGCCACGCAGCGCUGCAGGAAACACGCUCCCGUGUAGUUUCUCAGUUCUUUCUGCAGCCCAACAUGUUCCUGCUGCCGGACAUAAAAGCAGAGCAGCGGGUUGAACUUCAUCCUCUCGUCAGGAACCUCCCCGGCUGUCCGGAUGGCCGUGGCCGUGCUGGUGGACCUGAUCCACGGCUGCUGUCCGGAGCGCAGCGGCGGGUCUCUGCUGGAGGAGUCCGACCCGCAUGUGUUCCUGCUGUGCGGGAAACUCCACCGCAACAAAUCCGGCUUUCUGAGCAGAAACGCUCAGGUUCUGGACUCAGACUCCACCGCGGAGUGUCUGUACCGGUUCAAGCGGACCCUGGACCGGCUGGACCUGAGCUCGGUUCGGGUUCUGACCACCGCUCGGGGCCGAGAGGUGCUGCUCCGGUACCAGGAGCUGCUGUUCACCGCCGUCUACACCUUUGAUUACCAGCUGAGGCCGGAGCAGAGCCUCACCUGUCCCGGCAGCGGAGGCUCCGCCCACCCGGUCUCACCUGCAGACGGAGUCCGUGAGGAAGUGUCCGGGUUCCUGCAGCAGCUGCCGGCGGUGGAGGGAGAAGUCACGGUGCUGAGGUCCACUCUGAUCCCAGACUGCUUCGGUCACGGCUUCAGCACUCGUACCGGCGGCGUCUCCUACAUCCCGACUCUGUCCUCCAUGAAUCUGUUCAGCAGCAGCCGGAGGAGAGACCCCGUCGCCGUGGUGAUGGAGAACCGACGCCGGCUGGGCCUCCACGUCGGUUUCCACCCUCGACCGCUACGUCUGGUCAAGGUGAACCACGCCAGCGACGUCUGGGUUUUGGGGAAAGCCGAGCCGGAGAGCUACGAUUCCAUGGUGACCAAUCAGACCGGAAUCGUCCUGGCGGCUCCGGGGGCCGACUGCAUGCCGAUCCUGUUCGCCGACCCGGUUCAGAAGGUCAUCGGAGCCGCUCACGCAGGUUGGAAAGGGACCGUAAUGGGGGUUGCCAUGGCGACUGUGGACGCCAUGGUGACAGGAUUCGGUUGCCGGGUGAGCGACAUCGUGGUGGCGGUGGGACCGUCGGUGGGAGUUUGUUGCUUUACUCUGGAGAGGCAGCAGGUGGCGGACUUCACCAGCAUCCAUCCACACUGUGUUCCUGAUCCAGAGUCUGACAAACCGCAUGUGGACAUCCGCCUCGCCAACAGAGUUCUCCUGCAGAAAGGCGGCGUUCUACCUGAGAACAUCCACGACAACACGGUGUUGGAUCGUCCCAGCGUGACUCUUUGUACAUCCUGCCACCCCGAGAACUUCUUCUCCUACGUCAGAGACGGACUUAACUUCGGCACUCAGGUGGGCUUCCUGUGGAUCAAAGAACCAGAACCAGAACCUGGACCUCCUGCCGGCCCACAGGAGGGCUGUUAGCUGGAUGUUGGUGCUUCGGUUUAGACAGUUUUUAGAAACAAUCAGUUAUUUUUUUUUCUCUUGAAUUGAAGCAGAGACACUGUGAUGACACAAUGAUGCCACCAGGGGUCAGUCAUGAUCCAGCUGGACGAGCAGGCAGGCAGCCGAGCUGAGAAAGAUGAGAACCAUGGAUGGUCCACUAACUCAGCUGCUUUUAUUGAUAAAACACCUGCAAGAUUUGGUCUUAAAUCUUUAAAAAGAUUCUGUGGCAGAAAAAUACAUUUAUGUUGCCAAAGAUUGUAACUUCCCUACCUCAGCUGACCAGCACUUUCUAAAAUCUACGAGUUGUUGGAAGAAUCAUCCAGCAUGGUGAAACAUCUGGCCAGAGUAGUAGAGUGAAAAACACCAAGUUUGUAACUGUUAGUCGUAUUUGGAGCCUCAUUUUUUUGUCUCAAGUAUUGAUGACUUAAAAAUGUUGUACAUCCUAAACUCAAGUUUGUUAGAUUUUCAUGAAUCAAAUAAUUGGAGAAAUCGUACGUUUUAAUUUUUUUUUUAAGAUUUAAUACAUUAUAACUGUUAUACUGAAACCACAGUGGGUUAAAAUGAAACAAAUUGGAGUUCAGAGGGUCAGCCUGAUUUAAAAACAAAAAGAGAAAAAAGUAAUCUGAAAUGCAGACAUCGUCUUUUCAGUCUUCUAUGACUAUAGUGUUUUUUAACUGAAACAAGACAACACAUGUUGAUUUAAAAAAAAAAUCAAAGAAAUUCAACUUCACUUUUUGUUUUUGUUGAUUUAUGGCGGUACAACUAUGUUGAGAUAAUAACCAUAUAUAAUAAUAAUAAUCUACUGUAUAUCUUUAGUUUAAAUUAGAGCUGAAUGGUACACAAGAAAAAUUCAUAUUUAGAUUUGUGAUAUUGUGAUUAAUUUGCAUUUAUUCUCCACUGUAACCAAUGUCAGAAUCCUAAUGUGCUUUUUGCUGCAGUCUGUAGGAAAAAUUCAUGUUUGAUUAUGUCUGGAAAAUUUGAAGGAAUCUCAGUAACACCACAAAGUUUCAGUUCUAACGGCGUUUUAUGACACAUUUACAAAAAAAAACUGCAUCUCAAGCAAUCUGGAUAUUGCAGUUUCAAUAAUAUUUAAAAUAAUUCUUCAGUUCUACUUUAAACAGACUUUCAGAUUAAAGAAAAGCGACUUUGUCAAACCAGAUUUUCACAUUUGACUCUAGGGGGCGACACUCAACUCAAAUUAUUAUUAUCAUCCAGUCUUUAGGCCUAUUUUUCUGACUUUUUCUGGCAUUAAUCAACAACACUACCUUAAACUGAAUGUGAUAUUUUCCUUUUAUUUUUAUUUCAUGUGACCUGCAGUGAAUAUCUGUGAACAAACAUUCUGUAAAGUAUGUUCUGUAACAUAUUUGUUGAAAAUAAAAUGGUCUGACUGCAACAGGAA